AGAGAGUCGACGAGGGACUAUCUGCUUCUUCCCCUGACUUCCCUUUCACUUGUCCAGCUUCUCUAAUCUGCUGGCCGUCAUAACCAAAUUUCUCUCUCUUUGACGUGACUAUUAGCACCUCCAUCCCAUCCGGCUUCCGCUGUAUUCUCUACGCUUCCAACCUCCCUCCCACCUCCGGACGGAGCCAAAAUGGCUGCAUAAGUUCGCCUGAGGCUUCAGGUUUCGCUCUCAAUCACUUGAUCCUCUCGAUUUUCCCUCUGCGCAUGGCUCCCAUUGAGGCAACGCGUGUGGCCAAAGCAUAAAGGCAACACCUCACUACGAGCCUUAUCAAGAUGAACCACCAUCUGCCCGCGAUGCCCCAUGGGCAGCCACCCAUGCCGCCAUCGCGGAGACAGCAAGACUUCUACAACCCCGCUCCUCCUAACAUGCGCGCCCCGGCGUACAUGGGAUAUCCUCCACACAUGAAUGGCCACAUGCCUCCUGCGUAUUCGCCGCAGCAGUACCUUCCCUGGUAUCCUCCCUAUGGACAUAUGCAGCAGAUGCCACCUCGUCCUUAUCAACCUCCAUACGGACCUAUGAUUGUGUCUUCAUAUCCUCAAGCACAGCCCAUCAUGGCCCCGACUCAUAUCCCGCAUCACCCAUUGCCUAUGCAACCCCGGACAUCGACUCCCAUGCAACCAGCCAUGUCUCCGUCGAUUCCGCCGCCGCCACCCCUACAGCACGAGAUGCAUGAUCCCCACGCCAUCCUUUCUGUCCAACAACCUCAACCUUAUUCAGUCGCGUCUCCCCCUCCUCAAUGGGAGCCCAGGCCGAUCAUGCCCGAUCCCGAGCCUGUCUUCACUGCACCAGUGCCCUGGCUUUCUGUCCCCGAAUUACCCUUCCACGAAGGACCACCAUUUAGACGCCGAAACGUUCGUCCCAUGCCGGACCGAGUCCAGUUUCCUCCCAAAGACGGACGCUGGAUAAUUGGAGACCUGAAGGGCAAAUUUGUGAAACCCAAGCCUGCUAAGACGGCCGCUCCGAUACCAUCAGAACCUCAGACACCAACUACUUCCGUACAUCCCUCGGAUGGUCACUCCACGCAAGCUACCACACCCUCCCCCACUGUCAAGUCUCAGACCCCGAAAAAAGACGCUAAGCCCGCCAUCCCCAUCGUCCCAGUCGUACCAAACACCCCAGUAGCUUCGCGCCGCGAAGCCAAGGGUAGCUCCAGUGCCGAUCCGGAGACACCCAAGUCUUCCACUGUCACUGCCGAGUCAGAGACCGGUUCUACGCCUGCUGUCGACGACACCGCCAAGCCAACUUCACCUGCUCGCUCCGCUCCAAAGUCCUGGGCGGAUCUUGUUCGAGCUAAGAAUGCUGCCCGUUCUACGAGCGCUCCUACUCCCUCCGACUCAAAUACCUUGGCUGUGCAAAAGAGUGAGUCUCUCGCAGACGUCUUGAACAGCCUAGGCGAAGACGUCACUCAGUAUAGUGAUAAAAUUGCAUUCCUCGAGCCCCGAGGAUUGGUAAACACGGGGAAUAUGUGCUACAUGAACUCGGUCCUGCAGAUCCUGGUUUCAUGCGUUCCAUUCCACCAGUUCCUCGACCACGUUGGUCGACGAGCGGCUCACAGCUUCCACAGCGAUAUGCCUUUGAUUGACGCCAUGAUUAUGUUCAUGCGAGAGUUCAACGUCAUCGAUGCCGCCGCAUCGGAGGAUCAGCUGAGACUUCGAUUGAAGCCAAACGAGCUAGAGCAAUAUGGGGAAGCCUUUGUUCCGGAAUUCGUCUAUGAAAUGAUUCGACAGUUGCCUCGUUUCCGCGACAUGCGUCGUGGUCAUCAACAAGAUGCCCAGGAGUUCCUUGGCUUCCUUCUUGAGGAAUUGCAUGAGGAAUGUGACCGCGCUGCAAAGCAUAUAUCCAAGCCUGGCGGUGCUAACGGUGUCGAUGGACAUGCCACCACCAAUGGAACCUCCGGUGACGGUGAAUGGUUGGAGGUUGGCCACAAGCAAAAGGCGGCGGUGACGCAGUCAUCCGGUGCCAUCGCUACCGAAUCCCCCAUUUCCAGAAUUUUCGGAGGCAAGCUUCGGUCCGAGUUCAAGGUGCCAGGUAACAAGACCUCGGUUACCAUGGAACCCUAUCAGCCCUUGCAACUCGAUAUUGGCGCGCCUGAUGUCCACAACAUCGUUGAUGCGCUGAAGGGGUUGACCAAGCCUGAGAGUAUCCAAGGCGAUUUCAACUCGUCCCGUGGCCCCAACGUGACGGCCACCAAGCAGAUGUUUAUUGAAACGAUGCCUCCCGUGCUGAUUCUGCACCUCAAGCGCUUCCACUACGAUAGCUUGACUGGUGCUACCCAGAAGAUUUGGAAGAAGGUUGGCUACCCGCUUGACUUGGAGAUCCCACGUGAGGUUUUCCCGGCCCACCGGCGUAACACCCUGACAGCCCAAGGUGGUCUUCCCAAGUACCGUCUCAUGGGUGUCAUCUACCACCACGGAAAGAAUGCUAGCGGCGGUCACUAUACCGUUGACGUGCGACGCCAAGACGGCCGUGAAUGGAUUCGCAUGGACGACACUGUCAUUCGCCGCGUUCGCAGCGAGGACGUUGCAGAGGCUGGCGGCGAGGAGGAUCCCAAGGUUCUUGCGGCUGCCCUUGAGCAGCACAGGCAGGACAAGAUUCCUCGCUCCAACAUUUUCGAGAACAUUGAUCAAGAUGACACAGAGUCGGCCGAUAGCGACAAGGGCUGGAGCCAAGUAAGCGGUUCCGGUUCCUCCGGGCACUCGAGCAAGAAAUCGAUGACCGGUGUCACUGCCUCCCCUGGACCCUCGUCUGGCGUGCGUACCCCAAUUGGCAGAUAUGGCUCUCGGGACAACCGUGUUGCCUAUCUGUUGUUCUACCAGCGGAUUGCUUAGGUGUCUUGUUGCCAGAUAAGCACAGAUCUACUUGGUCUUCGCUCUGUGCAUCCUACUUGUCGUUAGACCUCAUCACCGCCUAGGUGCUGCUUCGUCCUCUCAUCUUUAUCACACAUUUUCAUGACAGCAUCAUACCCUCUUCUUAUGGCACCCAUCGCACCCGGUGCUAUCUAACUUCAUUACACUCUGCCCUCUUUACGUCAUCAACACCUGCCGGGCACACAUAUCUCCCUGCCUCAGUCGGUUGUACAUACCGCUUUCCGGUCGAAUUGCGAUCAUACAUUGUGGUCCUACGACCAAUAUCUGCGCAUUUAGGCUUUCAUCGACAUUCCUAGACAGGACAUCGAUACGCUUCCGGGCAUGGCAGGCCCCCGAGCUUAUCGAUGCCCUUACAACCGGGCAUUGACUUCCAAGCGCCUCAUCGCAAAAUUCGGGCUAGGGGUCGUCAAACCCGUCUUUCAACACGGGGCGCUCAUACACAUACCUCACAUAGUCUUCACACCGACAAAUUCAAAUGAUGCUCUCUCAAUCUGGUUGCUUGCGUUCCCAUCAUCAUCAUCACUAUGCGCCUCAUUUUUGUAGCCAACCUUGCAAUCUACACUAGCCUGCGAGUCUUUUUCUUAUCAAUCUUCGGGGCUGUAUCUCAUGGGUUGACGAACUUGAUUGAUACCCUCUAUUUCUGUUCCGUUUCUUCUCAUGGAUACGUACCCGGUCAUUUGUUUUUCUGGGCGUGCGUGUUUUACAUGGAGGUGAUGACUUGUCCUUUCUCUCGACUGAUAUCUUUUUUUUGAUAUCACAUUCUCUGUUAUACCUUUCUUGCAUGUACUUUUGCCAAGUCGUUUGACGUAUGGCGUGGCUGGGGGAUCUGUGACGACGUCAUGAAUUUCCUUGUCUUGUUUUCUUUUCGUUUUCCUUCCAUAGACUGUGGAGGUGGGGGACUGGGGGUGGCGGGGUUGAUAUUGCUCGGAUCUUGAGAUCCGACGCUGAUGUGUUCUGCCAGCUGCGGUGGUGGAGCUGAUACCGUGGCUCUGGCUCUUCGUGGAUGGUGUGUUCCGCCGGUUUUGUGAAGGGGGAAGAUGGACUGGAGGGUCGGUUCUUUGCAACUGGCUACACCCCGGAUGGUGCUUCUGGUUUUAGAAGAGAGGAGAGGAGAGAGGCGAGAUAACAAGAGUUGAAGUUUAGGGUUGAUGAGGAGGAAGUGGAGUAUGGAGGUCAACGGACCUCCGAAAAGCAUGUUUUUACAGAAGCCCCAAAAAAAUUUCAAAGGAAGUUUCAUUAAAUAUCUUGUCAUUGUAGAUCGUAGAUCUGUAGAUGUUUACAAUGGAAUCAUGAUUGUAAUUGUACAUGGUAUUUAAUCUAACACUGUAAUCUAACAUCUGUAGGUCACUAGAUGAGUGACGCGAAUGCACGCUCGCUUAUGCAUGGAAGACCAGAUUCUUGCCAUCACUCUCGGGGGCCACGCCGACCUCCCAAUCCUUCCCGGCAUCCUCAGUCUCCACAAACUCAAAUCCGAGAGCGCGCCAGUUCAGUUCCUUGCGCCAGUGCAAGCCGUAGUACUCUCGGUUCUCCUUCUCAUCAUCCUGUUGAUCUUCAACCCCGAAGUCGGAAUCCCAGUCUCCAGGGGUAGGACGCACGAUGGGCUCUGAGGCGAUGCCACCGCUCUGCAUACGGCCGGCGCGGGGGAAGAUUACUGAGCGGAAGCGCGAGAGGAGCAUUCCCAUUGAGCAGCACAGACAUGGCUCGUGGGAAAGGUAAAUGUCCAAGUCUGUGCAGAGGUAUCCGCCCUGGGAGCGGGUGCGGAUGCGGGAGGUUUCCGGUGGGGAUUCAUAUCCCCACCCUGGGGGCGAAGAUACAACACCGCUUACCGGGGUUGAAACGCUAGCAUCGGGUAUGGCGAUGGCUGUAGUGGAAGGUGGGGGAGCUGGGAGAGGAGUGGCGUGUGGGUUGACUGGGUUGGUUGCUUCGAGGUUAACGUCCAGCGAAGCCAUGGCGAUCUCUGGAUUGGGCUCUUCGUGCUUGCGCUUCUUAGGCGACAAGGGAGGAGCGACGGGGUGCUCUUGUUCCGGGGUUGCAGAUUCGCCACAAACUUCGUACAGGAAGUACGACUCGAGUGGGCUAAGCUUGGUAGACAGCUGCGGGUCAGUGGCGAUGACGGGGAGAAGGGAGUUAUCGUAUUGAGCGAGGUGGUCACCCUCCUCACGUCGGCGGCGGGCGACGAGCUCCGUCGCGCGCAUCAGGGCAUGCAAAUCCGGACCUCCCUCGAGAUCAGGAUCAUAGCUAGUGCUUGCCGGAUUUGGGACCUCGCCAGGAUGGAGGUCUGUCUGGGAGGACGCACCGGCUUCGCAGCGUGCAUAUCGAACAUCGCCUCCCACAGAAAGGACGGCGUCCAUCCAGCGCUCCGUAGGAUCACUGUCGUCCAUCCAAGCCUGGCCCUCAAGCCCAACUUCAAUGGCAGGGUCAAUGAUGACAGCACCUACACCCCGACCGCGGCCGGUCUGCUUCGAUUCUUCGGCGACCUUGCGCGCCAAAGCGAGGUAGAAACCCGCACGGGGCUUAAUAGAUUCCUGCACACGAGCGAGAAUUUGUGGUGGGGGUGCGACGGUGGAGCGAGGUGCGGCGGGGUUGAAAACCACCGGCCACAUCGUCUGGGUCCAUUUUUCGCCCUGGGCGGCAGUGAAAGGCGGGUAGAUCGGGACCUGGGUCUUGAAGAUGCGGAUUUUAGGAGGCUGAAGCUCCGGAGAGCCUGGGGUCGAGGUGGGGGAAGACGGAGGGGGGGAGUUGGUGGGGGGUGUAGCGGAGCUGCGACGGCGAGGCAGAGGAGCGAAGGGAGCGAGGAGAGCCUGCAGAGACUGGACGUCUGGCAAGGGAGGUGGGAUCACAACAAAGAUCGUCUGGCCGUUAUUCACGGGGGCGGACUUGUUGGCGUCAAUUUCUUGGAGCAGGUGGUCUGGAAGCAUGGUCCGUUUCGCAAAGCGGCGCAGAUGCCCCAUGGAGGGAGAGGCCUCGCGAGGAAAGGCGGAGUCAAGAACUCUGGAAAACUCCGUCAGAUACCUUCUAUAGAGACUUUUCCCAAUCUUAUCGUAU